AACAUUUAGGCUGUAAUAGGGUGGUUCUCUGAAUCUCUUUUAAUUUACUAGAUUUAUGUCUAUUUAUAAGGAUGCAAGCAGUUAACUGUGGUUCCUGCUCUAUAUGUAGUUUAUUGCGGGUUGUGGUAAAUUUUUCGAAGGAACAGCAGAACAGAUGCAUCAGUCGCUAUGCGUGACUUUGGGUUCAUUGCCAAAGCCAACACGAGUUUACUGUGGCCAUGAGUACACAGUGAAGAACUUGCAAUUUGCUCUGACAGUUGAACCAGACAAUGAGAAAAUAAAGCAGAAGUUAUCAUGGGCACAGAAGCAGCGGGAAACAGGCCUCCCCACAGUUCCUUCAACCAUUGAGGAAGAGAUGGAGAUGAACCCUUUUAUGCGGGCUGAUCUACCAGAGCUUCAGGUUUGCGUAUUCUCCUAUAAGUUGAUAACCAUAUCAUGGUUUUCAAUUGAGAAAAAAGUAGUAAGUGAAUAUUUGGAAACUGAUGUAGCACAGUUUGUUACUAAAUUUGAAUUGAAAUGAUUAAG